AUGGACGCACCAGAGUCCCAUCCGCCUCCCAACUCCAAAGUGAUUAUUCAAUGUAUUGAUCCACAUAACCUAUUUGACCGUCUCGAACCUCGACUAUCAGCCAGAAGUCCUCUGCGCAACUUACACUGGAAAGCUCCCAACCGGCCACUCCGAUCGAUUUCAAAUCUUAACAUAUCAUUGACUCGGGAAGACCCUUCCGCCGGGGCGCAAUCCAACGUUCGGCGGCACCAGAUACCAGGUCUGCGUGAGACCCCCUACGUCAAAUUAUAUCUCCUACGGUGCGAUGACAAGGAAACCUACAAGGAGAAGGUCAGGAAAGAGGUCCGCCAGUGGGUUAGGACGCACACGCCUUCAGGCGAUGGCAAACUGUCAAGCAAGAGCCAGGAGGAUCACGAUGCUUUCGAAUGGCUGAUUGUCCACGUGGUUCUUCCAAACACUCCUGCUGCUCGUCAGCCGAAAUCAUCAAAGCACCUCUCACUGGAAGCCUCGGAGAGCACCGACAGCGUCAAUAGCAAGUCAAAGUGGUCUGGCAAAAGUCCAUCCACAGUUUUCGACAAGCUGAGAGCCGAUUUCAGCAGUUCCAAGUCGUCAAUUUCUCGCGUUUCUCAAGUUCGCCUCCUCGACCCUGGAGACAAAUCAACGCCUUUGACCUCUGCGGAGGUGGAAGAACAGUGGCAAGACUUGGUGGACUGCCUGAAAACAUGUAUCCUGCGCUCAUUUGAUGCUCGGGUUGCUCAAUACGAAUUGGACAUCCGUGAAAGAGACAGUCAAAGAAGUCUGCCUGGCUGGAACUUCUGCACAUUCCUUGUCCUCAAAGAGGGCCUGGCCAAAGGCUUUGAAAACUUGGGAUUGCUUGACGAUGCCCUUGCCGUUUAUGACGAGCUUUCCUUGGGUCUCGACACGCUGGUCAAGGAACAAGCCCAGAGAAACGAUCACGAUGAGAGCGGAGCAUUAUUGACCUUUUCCAAAGAAUCCAAGGAUCUACUGAGAGCAGCUCUGGACUCGGAAACGCAGCGUGUCCCGCCUACAGACGUCAGCCUACCGCUUGACCCGCGUAGCAUUCUCGCAGCAGAUCAAGAUGACUCUCCCUUUGACGUUGAGAGGAAGAAUUACCGCAAUCUUAUCCUAUCUAAUGAUGUAUCGGCGUUGGACCUUCGCAUCUAUCUCUUCACCCGGGAAAUGGAGAUCCUCACCAGGCAGUCGCGGUUGGGAGCGCGGAAAUCCUCCCAAACAGGCACUACGGGAGUCGAUUUCAACGUGGUGGCAGAUUUAGUGGAACGAGCCAUGCAGUUUAUCAAUCUUGUCGGUCGCACUCUCCGAUUUGAGCUUUACAAUGCCUGGGGUGGGUACGAAGGAUUGAGCGAGAAUGAACUGCGUACCCAGAGAACAGUCACAAGCAAUAUUGUCUCCAACUGGCAAUGGCGAGCCACCAUACAAAUUCUUGCGCAAGUUUUGCCAGCUCUGGGUGGCGAUGUCGAUUACACCAACCAAGAGUUGUCACUGGACACUACUGAACUCUCUCAUGAUCCCGACGCAGCUGCUACAGACCAGCUUAAUGGGGCUGCUGAGAGCUACCAACACAUAUCCCUUACUUCUGGUGUGCGGUCGUCUUCUCGCGAACGGUCUCAGGAACGAAGCAAAAGACAUUCUUUGAUACCGAAUGGGACUAUUCUUCGACACGGGCCGCUGAAUCGAACAGGGUUUGAGCGUCUCGCUCUAUGGAUAUCAAAGCUCAUCCUCAUGGCGAGACAUUUUGUCGAGACCUUGGAGGCUGUGAAACCGUGGGUUCUUAGUAUGAAGCAUUCUGCCCAGGAAUCAAAUGGAAAUGGAAUGCAGCCCAUUGCCACCAACGGCGAUGUCAGCCAGGGCUCGGUAGGAAAAGACCAAAUCCAACCCCUCCACCACACCGAGCUUCUCGCAGGCUUAGAGUCGACAACAUUAAGAGCAGCUGCGACAUCAAAGCCAAGCUUCCUCAGGCUUUACGCUAUGUUUUCCGUCCUUGCCUUUCGGAUUGUAUUGUCUACGAAGAAUCGGUCUACCUCACGGCAAAUAUUGACAAACCUUGUCGAGAUGGAAUAUUCUCAAGGUAACUGGUCCACUGCUGCACGAUACCUUGAAAAUAUCCUUGGUCCACUUCCACGUGGGUCACAUGAUCCUUCUGAAGAGUAUCUCCUCCAAAUCUAUGCUGAGUGCCUCAAAUGUCUUGAGCGGCCUAAGGAUUACGCGCGAUGUCUCAUUUCUUGUUUGCACCACUCCAGAAAGGCUGGUCGUGCGACUUCCUCGAGAUCUUUCUCCGAGGCGAACCAAUAUUAUAUGAAUCAGCUUUUCCAGGUACUGCCACAUAUUCCAGCAACAACACUACGUGCGACAUUACUGUUUCGCAUCUCCGCAGUUUCGCACCACAUAACUCCACUUGAAAACAAGGAUGGCUUCACUGUCUCAAUGAAGAUGAGUAGUCUCCCUGGUGUCUCGACACCCCCGAUCGAUAAGAUCAAAUUGCGGCUCGUUGCCAAAGACGGUAUUGAACCGCGAUUCAUAUUGCUCCUCCUGUCAGAAACAGUGGUCAUCGAUUCGACAGAUAAGGCCAUAACCCUGGAAACUCCCGUGACAACGCAUGGCUGGUACGUGCCGGAUGAAGUUGAGGUCUGCAUUGGCAAUUUGAGACUUUUGCACCACUUCAAGUCAAGGCUAGACGACGAAGCUUCCGGAUUUGAUGAUUCACUUAGCCCUCGCGCAGAAGUGGUGCCGCUUCUGCUCUACCCCAGCUAUCGAUCGUUUGGGAUCAAAAUGUAUCCCUUCCCGGUCAUUCAUUUGGCCCAGAUCCGUAGGCUACUACUGCAAAUCAGGCCUGGGCGAAACGAUAUCAAGCAGGUCAAGCUUCGCUUGAGAACAGCAACGGCUGGACUGAGGCUCAAUAUUCAUGACUCCAAAUUGGUAGGCGAUCAACAUGAGUCAAAUCAAGUGCAGACGGCUCGAGAAGGUGACGCUUUAGUGAUGGUCCUAGACAACUUGGGCUCAUUGACGGUCACGGAGGUCGAAAUCCCGUACACCAUGGAGGCCGCGUCCGAGCCAGCUAUAACAUUGCGCCUUGAGGCCACUUAUGAGACGGAGCAAGGGAUAUUCACCUUUUACGACACAGCUUUUGUCAAGGUGAUCUUACCUGUAACAGUCAAUGUUCAGGAUGUGUUUCGUAAGGAUUGCAUGUACUCGAGAUUCACCAUCAUCCCUUCGACAAUGGUACCCCUUCGUCUCUUUGGCUGCAAUCUAGACAGCAAUGACUCCUAUGAGAUGGUUUCAGGCGGUGGCUUCGCCGAGCCAUUCGUGGUGUUCCCGAAGCAACCUGCCAGUUGGACCGUCCGUCUUGUGCCCAAAGACGCAAAUGCUGAUAAUGCCAGCAGGAGGUUGACUCUGGUUGUUGACUUCCAAUCCCUAGAUGGGGUGAUGUUGGCAAUUCUUGAGACACAUUUCACUAGAGAGCUUGCCAAUUCCAAGCACGCUUUCGCCGCCCGGCUUCUAACAUCGCACCUACUAGAGCGGGUCCGCACCACAUGGACCGAGCAGGAUGUGGAAGUUGCAGGACUAACACAAGAAUUUGAAGUUUGGAAGAUGGAGGAUAUGGCGUGGCCAUUGGUCCUAUGUGCUUUUGACCGACAAAGAAGAGUUGAGAUUGAAGAUUGGCUUCGAGAUUGGCAUUCUCGAACGCCACCGAUCAAAUUUUCGUCUUCGAAAGUCCCUCAACGACAGCUCAGACUGUUUGUCGACAUUCCUUCGCGACCAGUCCUAGUGUCCGCGUUUCUGGAUGCCGCAUGGUCAGUGCCACCGCACGCGACUGCCACCAUCGGCCAGCCAUUGCAGGCCGAAAUCGUCAUCAAACUCGAAGACCAGGUAGAGGGAGAGUUGGAAGGAUUGUUCGAGAUCGCGGCCCUUUCAGAUUCGUGGUUUAUUGGAGGCAGACGCAAAGGGACUGUGCGACUGGGUCCCGAGGCGGUACGCAUGGGCUUGAUUCUGUUCCCACAGCAUCUCGGACACCUGCUCGUUCCUUCGGUCAGCAUGAAAUGUCGCAGGCGGGUCAGAAACAGUGGCAAGGACGAAUGGAUAGAUCUCGUGAGCGAUGUGCAGAAUCCUGCUCAUGGUCGGAGUAUUCUCGUUACCCCAGAUUUGCGGAGCACCACAGUGGAGGUGUUUGGAAUGAUACCAGACGAAGGCGUUGGCAGGCUAGUGGCAAGCGGGAGUCGUGGAGUGGGCUGA